AUGGCAGAGGAUGCGAACCCCACGGCAACGGGUAGAAGGACCCACAGCAGGUGCCCACUGCGUGCGCCAGGUCUAGUGCACCAGCUCACACAACUGCAAAAUCCAACCUGCCGCGGCUUGUCAGAGCUCCACCCACCACGCCUCUUCGGCUUCUCCUUCGCUGGCAAGCCGACUACUCCCAAAAUGCAGCGGCUCCCGCUCCGGCGCGCCCUCUCCGCCGCCGCGUCCGUGGCCGGCCGGCGCGCCCUCUCCACCGCGGCCGCCUCGCCCUCGCGCACGCCGCCGUGGGCGAUGAUCUACCACAUCCCGGCGGUCAGAUCCACCGCGCCGCGCGCCUUCUUCAUCCUCGCCGACCCCCCGGGCGCCUCCAACCUCUACGUGCCCGACCACCUCUUCGACCGCCGGCCCGGCCCCGGCCCCGACAACGGCGACGUCAUGGCCCUCCUCGGCGGCAUGGUGUGCACCACCAGCGGCGACGGCCUCCUCCUCCUCUGCUACUCGGAUGCCCACGCCCCCGUCGUCUCCACGCACAGCGGCACUCGGGAGCCUAAGCUGAUCGGCGUCGACAUGGACCCGGACAUCACGCGCUUCGUCUGCAACCCCAUCACCGGCGAGCUGUUCCGCCUCCCGGACAUCGACGGCACCAAGAAGACCUUGUCCUACGGCCCCAACGCCGGCCUCCUCACCCGGUCCGCCUCCGCCGCCGGGCACGGCCCGCCUGACAGGUACGCCGUCGCUCUGCUCAACGAGGACCGCAGCCGCAACGGGGAUGAACGAGCCUUCGUCAUGCGGCGUUUCCUCUCGCAAACCGGGAAGUGGGAGAAGCUGGUGGGCUUGCCGUUGCCGUCCCCGCUCCCGCUCCCGCGGCGGAUGGAGCUAUACCUCGAGGCGGUGGCGUUCGCCGGACAGUUGUUGUGGGUCGAUCCGACUUGGGGCGCCAUCUCCGCCGACCCGUUCAGCCACCGGCCGGAGCUCCGCUUCGUCGAGCUCCCGAGGGGCAGUGUGUGGCCAAUGCCCAGCACCCAUCCAGUACAAGCGUUGGGUAUGUUCCGGCGCCUAGGAGUCAGCGAGGGGAGGCUGCGCUACGUCGAGUUGUCCAACCAGGAUCCUUUCGUGCUCAGCUCAUUUGCCCUCGACGACCACGGCGGCAGCUGGACGAUGGAGCACCAGGUGGAGCUUGCUCCACUCUGCAGGGACCAUGUUAAUGGAGGAGGCCUCCCCUCAAAGGAUUACACUUCCACCCCGCGGAUUGGCGUUAUUGACCCACUAAACUCAAGCUGCAUUUGUGUCCUAAUUGGCAAACAUGUUCUUGCGGUCGACAUGGAUAUGGGCAAGGUGCUAGGGUGUUCGCUCACUGAUGAAAGUGAAGGCUCGCCAUGGGCUAUCACCACUUGCCUUAAGCCGUGCGUGCUCCCACCAUGGCUUGGAUCAAGCCAAAUCCCUAAUGCAGGAACUUUUUCGUGCAACAAAGGUGAUGCCAAAGGCAAGACUUUAUCAGACAUGUUGGUUCGUGUACACAGCGACAAGAAUAAUUGAGGUGAAAGAUGUUCUUGGUGGAGUAGGAAGCUCUUUCUUUUUGGAUAUUACGUAUUAGGAUGUCAAUGAUUCUGCAACAAUGAACUCAUUUUGGGGGAAAUGUUAACAGAAGACUGACACAGUUAUGAUCUUCACAUGGUAUCACAAAGAGUUGUGCUUCACUUAAUUGCUCUAAUACAAUAUUUUUUAAUAGGAUAGUUCAGAUCUGUUGGCAUGUAACCAUUGUCAAGACUCAAGAAUAUAGAUGCAGUGUCCUCAUGUUUUCAAGUGUUUACUCUGAAUCAUGAGAGUCCAGUUUAU